AUGACUGAUUGUAAUAGUACAACGGAGCGCAGUUUGACGUCUGGAUUGGAAGCAAUGUCAUUGAAGGCAAUAUCCCCAUCGAAGUUGAAUAGAAGGCAUAAAGUCUCGAGCAAACCUGAUAAAUUGAAUGAAAAUGUCUGUUUGGAUCGCAGAGCAGAAGUUUUGGUUAAUACGGAAAAUGAAAUGCCAACAGAAAUUGUCAGUAAGAUAAAGAACGAAAACUUCCAUUUGCAAUUGGAAUUGGAACAGAAGAACCAUGAGAUUUCCAAAUUAAAGUCAAUGCUCUUACCUAAACUGACACCACCUGCAAUUGAUCUAAGAUUAACGACAAGUUUAAAAGACCCUUUGUACUACCAUCCGGAAAGCAACAAAAUUCCCGGUAUGUCUGGGGCUACAGUGACAAAUUCAGAUUACGUGUCCCAUUUCUCAUCAUCAUCAUACGAUGGGAAUAGAAAUGACGUUAGAGAGACCUCAACCGUUGCUAGUACUACAAUAUCAAGAAAGGAAAAAAACCAUAUGUUGUUCACUAGGAAUAUUUUACCCUUUAUUCGGGAUUCCAUCAACAUGUAUAAAAACUCCCAUGUUUUAAAUGAAGAAGUGGUCCCGAUAGAAAAAGAGCUCGAUAAGUUUUAUGAUAACUCCUUGAAGAAGGACGAAAAAUGUGAAGUAUUUUCUAAUGUACUCUUAGGGUUACUCAGGGUACAGAGAUUAAAUAUAGCGGCGUUGAACAGAGAAUUAGAGUUGAAAACAGUGGAGAGAAAAAUGGAUUACUUGGCAACAUUGUUUUUGGAUCCACAAGAGUAUGAAAUACCACGUCAUAGCUCCAUGAAACGAAUCAGAGAUCAGAUGUUGGAUGUGAUUAUUUCUCUAUAUGGAGAAUUACCAAAUCCUAACCAAAGGGCAGCAAGAGAAAUGAAAUAUCAGCAGCCACAACAGGUUCCUUUGAAGAUAAAAUCAGAUUCAAAACUGAACCGACAGUCUCAUAAUCCUGAAAUACUACCUAUUGGUUAUUCAAACUCAUCUUCAAAACCAGCAAGGUCGGCAAAGAAACGCAUGAGAAAUAUCAAAUUGACACCAUUCAAGACAGCUUCACAGGAAGACAUGGAUGCCGAUGAUGAUCUGGACGUAGACCUCUCAGAUCCCUUACAACUACUUUUGGCUGAACGUAUAACUGGAACUGAUUUGGAAAACACAACGUCACUGACUAAUUCGUUGUGA